CAAGUCGUCGGCGGCUAGUUCAGAAAAUUCAGAGAAACAAGGAUUUGGGUUGCGUCAAGUCGUCGGCGGCUAGUUCAGAAAAUUCAGAGAAACAAAGAUUUGGGUUGUGUUUAGUUCACAUCAAAAUUGAAAGUUUGGAAGUUUGGUUGAAAUUGGAACGAUGUGACGGAAAAGUUUAUGUGUGUAGGAAAGUUUUGAUGUGAUGAAAAAGUUUGAAGUUUGAAGAAUUAUUUUGGAACUGAACAUGGCCUUGAUCGGAGAUUUGAGGCUAGUGGAUUUGUGCUUAUAUAUAUGCUUCUUUACGUCUCUCAAACCUCAUAUACUCUGGUCGUCUCUCGCCAGCUCUGCUCUUCGAGAUACUCUCGAUCUGCACCUCAGCACACAUGGAGGCUGUAAUCCUCGCUGUCUCAAAGAUUGGUUCUGUUUUAGUGGAGGAAGCCACCAAAGCUGCUAUAACCAAGCUAUCUGAAAAAGCUACAAAUCUUAAGGAACUGCCAUCAAAGGUUGAGGAAAUAGAGGAUGAACUGAAGACGAUGAACAAUGUUAUAAAACAGAUGAGUACAACAAAUCUUACAGACGAGGUUGUCAAGGGUUGGAUUGCAGAGGUGCGAGGUCUGGCCCACCGUGUUCAGGACAUAAUGGACAAAUAUUCAUACCAUGCUCUUAAAUUGGAAGAAGAAAAUUCUGUCAAGAAACUCUUCACCACACCGAAUUAUGUCACGGUUUUCAGUGAAAUUGCUGAAGAGAUUAGCAAGAUAGAGAAAAAAAUUGAAAAUGUUGCAAUGCGGAAAAAACGGUGGCAGCAGCAGUCUCAACACACUCCCAAUCCGCUUGCAGAUAUUGAAAGGAAACGGUCCCAAGACUGCCUUCUAGCUCCAGAUGAUCUAGUUGGGAUAGAAGACAACAGGAAACUGUUGACUGACUGGUUGUACUCCAAAGAGCAAGAUAACACAAUAAUAACAGUAUCUGGUAUGGGUGGAUUGGGGAAAACCACCCUGGUCAAUAAUGUAUAUGAGCGGGAGAAGAACAAUUUCGAAGUUAGUACUUGGAUUGUCGUGUCACAGUCAUAUGAUGUCGUUGAUUUGCUGAGGAAAUUGCUUAGGAAGAUUGUGCCUGAUGAUCAAACACAGCUAUUAGAUUUGGAUGCUCAUGACUUGAAAAUUAGAAUAAAGGAAAAGCUUAAGGAUGAAAAUUUUCUAAUUGUAUUGGAUGAUGUCUGGAACCGAGAAGCAUACACUCAAAUAGCAGAUGCAUUCCCAAACUUCCAAGCAAGUCGCAUAAUCAUCACAACACGACAGGGUGAUGUAGCAACUCUUGCUCAGUCAGCACGCCAACUCAAACUCAACCCAUUGGAGCACACUGACGCGCUUGAACUCUUCUGUAGAAGGGCUUUCUACAGAAACUGCAAGUGUCCACAGAACCUUGAGAAACUGACUAAUGAUAUAGUAGUUAGGUGCCAAGGUCUGCCACUGGCAAUCGUAUCUAUAGGUGGCCUAUUGUCUUCAUUGCCACCAGAGAAUCAAGUCUGGAAUGAAACAUACAAGCAACUUCGAAGUGAGCUCACAAAAAACAAUAAUGUUCAAGCAAUUCUAAAUAUGAGCUAUCAUGACUUACCGGGAGAUCUUAGAAACUGCUUCUUGUAUUGUAGCCUGUUCCCCGAAGAUCAUGAAUUAUCACGUGAGACCGUUGUACGGUUGUGGGUCGCAGAAGGGUUUGCAGUACAAAAUGAAGAAAACACACCAGAGGAGGUGGCUGAAAAAUAUCUUCGUGAAUUGAUACAAAGGAAUAUGUUGGAAGUUCUUGGAAAUGAUGAGCUAGGCAGGGUUAGUACCUUUAAGAUGCAUGACCUCGUGCGGGACCUGGCUCUUUCUAUUGCUAAAGAGGAGAAGUUCGGCUCUGCAAAUAAUUAUGACACUAUGGAGAGGAUGGAUAAGGAAGUUCGUCGCUUGUCAUCAUAUGGAUGGAAGGGCAAACCUGUGUUGCAAGUUAAAUUCAUGCGUCUCCGGACCCUAGUGGCACUUGGAAUGAAAACACCCUCUCGUCACAUGUUAUCCUCAAUUUUGUCUGAAUCCAACUAUCUUACUGUUCUCGAGUUGCAAGAUUCUGAAAUAACUGAAGUGCCAGCAUCCAUAGGAGAGCUAUUUAAUCUACGCUACAUCGGCCUGCAGCGCACUAGAGUCAAAUCACUUCCAGAAUCUAUUGGGAAGCUCUCAAGCCUCCUGACUCUCAACAUCAAGCAAACCAAAAUACAAAAGCUACCACAAAGCAUUGUUAAGAUUAAGAAGCUGAGGCACCUUCUAGCUGACAGAUAUGAAGACGAGAAGCAGUCAGCGUUUCGCUAUUUCAUUGGAAUGCAAGCACCCAAAGAGCUAUCCAACUUGGAAGAACUCCAGACCCUUGAGACUGUGGAAGCCAGCAAAGAAUUGGCUGAGCAGUUGAUGAAACUUAUGCAACUACGGAGCGUGUGGAUUGACAACAUAAGAACUGAUGAUUGUGCAAAUCUUUUUGCUACACUAUCAAAGAUGCCACUUCUUUCCAGCUUGCUUCUAUCUGCAAGUCAUGAAAACGAGACACUUUGCUUGGAAGCUCUCAAACCAGAAUCAGAGGAGCUUCAUAGGCUGAUUGUCAGAGGGUGCUGGGCAGCUAGGACACUUGAGUACCCAAUAUUUCGUGACCAUGGGAAAAAUAUCAAGUAUCUGGCCAUAAGCUGGUGCCGUCUUCAGGAAGAUCCUCUACUCCUCCUUGCACCCUAUGUGCCAAACCUUGUCUUUCUUAGCCUUAACAGGGUGAAUAGUGCAAGCACCUUGGUUCUUUCUGCAGAUUGCUUCCCUCAGCUGAAGACACUUGUCUUGAAGCGUAUGCCUGAUGUAAACCACUUGGAGAUUAUAGGCGGUGCCCUCCAACACAUUGAAGGUUUAUAUGUUGUGUCAUUGCCAAAGUUGGACAAUGUCCCUCAAGGCAUUGAGUCUCUUAGGUAUCUGAAGAAGCUGUGGCUCUUGGGUCUGCAUAAGAAUUUCAGGUCUCAGUGGCAAAAAAAUGGAAUGCACCAAAAGAUGCAACAUGUUCCAGAGCUGCAUGUCAAGGACUAGAAACUUUGCUUACUUUUGCAGUAUUAUUUCUGUCUGGUGAUUAUGGGCUCAGCCACAUUAUGCAUUUAGUCUUUUCCAACAAAUGAUCAGUUUAUGACAGAUGAGCUAGCGGCACCACUACAUCGCAACCUCGUUAUUGGAAAUAAGUCCUGAAAUAUUGGCUUUCAUGGCCAUCAGGAAACUACUUUGUCAUAUGUCCUAUUGUUUUUGCUUCACAACUUUGCAGAAUUUAUGAAACUGGUCCUUUUAUUGUUGACCUGCAUUCUUGAUUAAUGGUGUCACUCUUUUUCAUCUCCAAA